CUAGACAAAGGGAAGGGGAAGGUCCGAACCAAGCACGCCGCCACUACCCACCCCUCGGCAAAGAGGAGGAGGGGAGAAAGUGUCCCGGCCACAGAGUCGCUAGAGGAGCUCUGGGUCAAGAUGGGGCGAAAGCUAAAAGAGGUCGCGCCUGAAACCUUGGGGAAGCUUGCCGAGGACUCCCCUUCCCGGUCACUUCAGCUGGAGGAAAAGCUGAAGAGACUUGAAGCCCACAACCGGGAGCUUCAAGACCUGACCGCCCAGCAACUUGACGAGAUGGCCAACCUCUCGGCGGUUGCCGGUAGGGCGAACGCGGAGGUCCUCCAGCUGAAGGAGGAGAACUCGCUGCUGAUGGGGGAGGUCUCCCACCUGAAGGAGGAGGCGUGGGUGAAGGAGCAAGAGCUGCCCGGUCGGGCCAGACAGUGGAGGCCGCCCGGGUGCUUACUUCCUCUGAGGAAAGGACAAUGGAGGGCUUCAAGUUGCUGUACCGGGAGGAGCAAGGGAAAGAGAUGAUCACCCAGAUCGGCUCCUACGGUUUCAUGUCCGGCCAAAAACGAGAUCGCGAGGCCACCCAUGCGAUCCUUGCCGAUCGGGAUCCGGACUUCAAUGCUGAAUCAUACGAUCUGGCCCCCAUCCCGGACGAAGAGCCUGCGCCUCCCUUUCCUCUUGAGUAAUCUUCCCGACUGCGACCGGUUGAAUUAUUUUGGCAAAACUUCAAACUCAUUUCCCCGGGAAUGCCCGGUGUAGUUGUAAAACACUUAACUAUUUUGUUCUACUUUAAUGCAAUGCUUAAUUUCCCUACCCGGUUAAUCUUUCAUAUCUGCUUGCUUGUUGAUUG